AUGAGCCAAUCACUCAAGCAGGCAGCUGAAUCAGCUCGCUCAAAGACCAGCGAUGUUUUGGGAGCUGCUCGAGGUGACUCGGCCGCUAUUGCUAACGACAUCCUUCACACUCCUCUCAUGAGGGCCGCCCUUCCCUUCAUCAACGGUGGUAUCAGCGGUAUGGUGGCCACGACCGUCAUCCAACCUGUCGACAUGGUCAAGGUCCGCAUUCAACUCGCUGGCGAGGGAACUGCUUCUGGCCCUAAGCCUUCUCCCCUCUCCGUCACUCGACAGAUCAUUGCUAGUGGAAAGGUUCUUGACCUGUACACUGGUCUCUCAGCUGGUCUUUUGCGCCAGGCCGUCUACACCACGGCCCGCUUGGGCAUGUUCGACACGCUCAUGGGGAACUUGUCCGCCCGAGCCAAAGCGGAUGGUCGCUCAGUCGGUUUCUCAGAACGAGCAACUGCUGGUCUCACUGCCGGUGGUAUCGCUGCUAUGAUUGGUAACCCUGCUGAUCUCGCCCUCAUCCGAAUGCAAAGUGAUGGCCUUAAGCCCCUUGCUGAGCGAAAGAACUAUAAGUCUGUCAUUGAUGCUCUCACCAGCAUCGCUAAGAGCGAAGGUGUCGGUGCUCUCUGGGCCGGUGCUGCUCCCACAGUCGCACGAGCCAUGGCUCUCAACUUUGGUCAGCUCGCUUUCUUCAGUGAGGCCAAGGUCCAGCUCAAGAACAACACCGAUCUCUCCGCCCGCACCCAGACUCUCACUGCCAGCGCAAUUGCUGGUUUCUUCGCCUCCUUCUUCUCGUUACCCUUCGACUUUGUCAAGACACGCCUCCAGAAGCAAUCCAAGGGACCUGACGGCAAGCUGCCAUACCGCAGCAUGAUGGACUGCUUCUCCAAGGUUGCUAAGCAAGAGGGUCUCGGCCGCUUCUACCGUGGUUUCGGUACAUACUACGUCCGCAUCGCUCCUCACGCUAUGGUGACAUUGAUCGUUGCUGAUUACCUUGGCUGGAUCACCAAAUAA